AUGGGUGUUACUGCAAAGGACAAGCGAUGGGACUCUAGUAGACCAGAAGUGAAGGCUGACAUGUCAGGAAUGGUCUUACUGCUCUGGGGCAACUUCCUCCACUUCAAAGGUGGUAGUGUGGCGGCAGCUGGCAACUGCAACGCACGGUUGAAGCGAGAGGAAGCUGAGAAGAGUUGGGACAGCGGUACUGAGCGGGCCGGGCCCAGUGGUCACGUUAAGGUGUGGCUCCUGAAGACACGGGCAGUACAUACUACCGGAGGUUGGCCCAGUGAAAAAGACAAUCGCUGCCUCCAGGAGAGCGACACUUCAGUAGCUGGCAUCAUGGGCGUCCCCAGCAGGAGUAGGAAGAUGACUCUGGUGGAGGCGCUGCUUCUCCUGAUUGUACUUGUCAGAGGGGUGGCUGAAGCAGUGUGGUCGUACGAGCACCCGGAGACUUGGGAGGACCGGUGUCAAGGAGUUACACAGUCACCGCUCAACUUCACCGAUGUCUUUCCUAUCUCCCCACCACCCUUCGUGUUCGAGAACUAUGGGCUUGUUAACAUUUCACUGGAGAACAACGGCCACGCCCUCAAUGUAAAGCUAGAUCCGCCGCCCAUCCAUCGGCCGCGAGUGUCAGGCGGGGGGCUGAAGGGAAAGUACGUGUUGGAUGCCUUCCAUUUCCACUGGGGAAAGCGGCAUGACCUGGGGUCAGAACACCUACUGAUGGGAUGCGCCUUCUCUGGGGAGAUGCAUUUCGUCCAUUACAAGGAGGAGUACGGCACGGUGCAAGAGGCUCUCAAUCACCCCGACGGACUGGCAGUGCUCGGAGUCUGGCUGAGGGAAUCCUGGAGUGAUCCUGAAUCUAUCUCCGACCUGCUGGCGGCGCGUGCCGACAAGCAUCUUGGCGGGGCUGUGAGUUGGCGCGGCGAGGAGCCUUACCGCUACUCUGUGGAGGAGCACGCCGCUGCCGCCUACUACUGGCUCACCAACCUGUCGCCCUCCUCCGCCACAGUGCAGGACGCUCAUGUGCACGUACAUCUCCGCCAGCUCCUGCCAUUCGAUGACUCCAUUUUCUACAGAUACGAAGGAUCGCUGACCACGCCGCCGUGUACAGAGAACGUGAUGUGGACAGUGUUCCAGGAGUCGGUGGUGCUUCCCCGCCCCCUCCUGCAGGGCCUGAGAAAGCUCACUACGCCUAUCCCGCCCGAGGAGAUCGAGCACAACCUUGCUGAUCACGAUAUUGCUCACAGCCUGUCCAACAACUUCCGGCCCACGCAGCCGCUAGGGAACAGGACUUUAUACUUCAGCGGGACCGAGGCGGAGCGGGCCACCACGUGCUCCAUCCCACAGCGGAGUCGCACUACUUGUCUGGAUUUUCCGGAUGUGGUGAUAUCGGAGGCAGGUGUGGAAGAGGAGGUGUGUCACCGCACCCCGCUGGAUCUCCAUCUGAGCGACGCGGAAGUGAUAGUCUCGCCGACACUUUCCUGGAAGCGCCUGGGCACCUGCCGCACCGUCAGUGUUGUUAACGACGGGCGGAUCGUCAGGGUGAGAUACUCAACAAGAGCACCUCAGUGGCAGCUGACGGGCGGCAACCUGACAGUGACGUAUUACCUCGGAGAGAUGGUGCUGCGUCUCGGUUCCAAGCACCUUCUGGGCGGCCUCAGCUUCCCCUUGGAGGCGCAGCUGAUCCACUACAACUCGAAGUACAGUAACCUGCAAGAGGCGUUGAGCCAUCCCGACGGAGUGGUUGUGGUAGUCAAGUUCUUCCAAGAGCCAGUAUCUUCUUGGGAUGGUUCGUGGUCAAAGCACCUCUUCAGCGGCCACAACAAAAUCCUUCACAAUAUUUUCGAAGCAUUGGAGGUGGAAGAGGAGGGAGAGGACGUUCGAGCAAAGUCUCCCGAUGUAAGACAUCUUUUGGAUUCCACGUCAUCGUUCUACGAGUAUUACGGUCCAAUCCCAGGCGCCCUGUGCAAUACUUCCAUCACCUGGCUCAUCCUUCGCAAGCCCAGCAGCGUGUCUCGGGAGCAGCUGGCGAGGCUGGAGGAAUUGCUGGAGCAGCCUCACACCACACCCACCGACAAAGCCGUGGUGCCCUCUCCUCUCUUCCUUAGGAUCAACAGUCCUCAUUUGGCUACAGAGUUCAAAUCAGUCCUGGAAUUAGCAAAAUCGAAACCGCACGUCGCCAUGCCUCCCAUCCGCAGAUCGGAAUCUGCCCCCCAAUUAUUACUGUCUGAGGAAAAUAGCGGCUGCUCAUUGAACUCGCAUCCGCUUCUGCUAACCAUGCCGCUCCUGGCGAUGGCCGGGCGCCGCGGAUGAGCUGUAAGCACGUGGCCGCCCAUCCCACCACCUGGUGUGAACCAAAGGUGAUUACUUCUGCCAAGCUUUUAGGGACGAGGGAUGCAGCACGAGGAACGGGAAGCCGGUGACACUGGCGGUGCGUGCUAGAAUCUAGAAUCACUGUAUAUAGAUUUUUCACUGUGUGAUUAUGUAAAUUAUCUUCAUAAUAAAUUAAUAUUCUUUA